CUCCGACGUGUUUUCCGCGAAUCAUAGUACACGCAUGUUAGGUAGGUACCUACACGGAUACAGCACAAUAUAUAUUACGGUUGUCGUUUUGUGGAUUUGUCACAAACUUUCAAGAAAUAAUUUUCCUCACAAAGAUACAAUUUUUUUAUAAUAUAUGUAUACGUGUACGGUGUACCCGUAGAUCUGUAAAGUACUAUUUGUACACAUUUAACAAACGUUUAAAAUAACACACCGAUUCGCUCCAAUGGGUCACAACCAACCUCACUCAUACGUUUGGCCUGCUGACUAUAACUGGAUGAAACCACAGCAUCAUGCUGAAGUUUCAACAGUUAGUCAAGUAAACUUCCCAGUGUCAUCAACAGAAGUCCUGGUGCCAUGGCUAUUAUCUAUGUGGAUGAUGGGAAAUAAAACUCCUACGGACUACCCUAAACGUAAAGUUGUGAAAAAACCAAACACAAAAGGUCGGAACGAAAACACGGGAUUUAAAGAUCGUUUUACGUGGGGCCAAAUUGAUCUGGAAUAUCCCAAUCAAGAUUCUAAACAGAUGGCUAUCAAUACCGGUACAUUUAUACCGGUGAACAACCUACUAUUGGGGCUGGAAGUGUGGAAGAACAAGAUGUUUUUAAGUCUGCCACAGUGGAGACCGGGAAUACCAGUGACUUUGGCGUACGUGAAUUUGAACAGUUACGCCAAGUCCCCAAUGCUGAAGCCAUAUCCCUCGUGGAACUGGUACGCUAAUAAUAUGAACCGCUGUCAUGGUUUGGUGUCCGUGUUCCGGAUGGAAGUGGACAAGUGUGACCGAUUGUGGGUGUUGGAUACAGGCGCCAUAAACUUGGCAAAUAAGGUCGAUCAAAUAUGUCCGGUCAAGCUGGAUGUGUUCGAUUUGAAAACUGAUACGCAUAUCAAGCGUUUCAUUAUCCCGAAAAAUCAAACGUUAAAGGAUUCGCUGUUUACAAACAUUGUAGUGGAGAUUCUCAACGAUAAUUGUGAUGAUGCGUAUGCUUAUAUGUCUGAUGUAUUUCAAUACGGAUUGGUUGUUUACAGCUAUAAAGAGGACGUCUCUCGCCGGAUCAACCAUCCAUAUUUCUACCCAGAUCCGCUGUACUGCCAUUACAGCAUGGACGGCAUAACGUUCAACUGGAUGGACGGCAUAUUCGGCAUGUGCCUGUCGCCGGACGGCGGUGCCGGGCAGCGGGUGCUCUACUUCCAUUCGCUGUCCAGCAACAACGAGUUCUACGUGCCCACCGCAUCGCUGCGCAACGGUACGCUCCGCGAGGGCGACAUCAUCGAGCAUUUCUUUGCGCUCAACGAUUCACGGUGCGCGCGCCACCAAUCGUGCCAGUCGUCGGGCAUGGCCGUGGACGCGAAGGGCGUCAUGUACUACAACUUGGUGACCGCGGGCAAAGUGGGAUGCUGGGACACCGGGCGCCCGUUCGAGUCGGUCACACAGGGGCUGUUGUCCAGCGGCCCGACACCGCUCAGCUUCCCCAACGACCUAAAGGUAGACAAGGAGUCCGCGCAAAGGGUGUGGAUGCUCAGCAACGGGCUGCAUAAGUAUCUGUACGGCAAAACGGACCCAAACCAGAUCAACUACCGAAUAAUGGUCGCGUACACGGACGAUGUCGUCAAAGGUACGGUCUGUGAAUCCAACUGACCACCCUAUAAUAAUAUAUACAAUUCGGGACUUGAAAAAACGUUUAAACCAAAACAGGAAAAAAGCUAAAUACUAUAUUAUAUAGUAUAUUAUAGGUACAUAUAAAAUAUUUAAAACCGAAAUUUAAAUUGAAAAAAAAAUUAUUGGUAUUCAAACCGGAAAAACUGAAAUGAUGUUAAAAAUGAAAAUAGGAAAAAAUAAAAUAAAACUUCUACAGAUAUCUAUUUGGAAAUAUAUUAUCAAAUAGUCAAAUAUAACGUAUUACCUAUUAAUGCUAUUGCUAUUUAGUAUUUAUAAAUAUCUUAAUUUUAUUUAUUACGAUAGUAAAAUAUUGUUUUACACCACUACCAAAAUAAAUAAAAACCGGCAAUCAUUACCGUUUUAAAUGACAAAAAAUGAAAAUCAUAAUAAAAGUAUAAAACCAGAAAUUAAAUUCAGUUGUUGCCAAAUUUAAGACGACAAGACAUAUACCUAUUAUAAUUGCUCAAUAUUAUUAUAUAUACCUAUUUGAUACUUACGUAUAUAUAUGCAUACAGCAUAUAAUAUUAUAUUUUGCAAGUAUAUUACUAUAUAUAUAUAUAAUAUCAAUAUAUAUUAUUACUAUGUAUCGACAGUAUAUCUUAAUAAUUUACAACUUUAUAUGAGUGCCAAAGUAUAGUUUUUCUGCGUGAAAAAUUAUAAUUUAUUGUAUACGGGUUUGAUAUGCAACAAUCAAAUUCACCCGGUGAGCGAUCAAAUGGGUUUCGUGUAGUAGCCAGUAGGAGAUACCUAGUCAACAUUAAAACUUGUUAAAUUUUAUUUGUGACAGCUAAUUGUCGUAAUUUUGUUAAAAACAUAGCUUUUUAUGCUAAUCAGUAUAAUCUAAUUAUGGCUAUAAGGAAUAUUGAAUAACUAUCUGCACAUUAUGUAAAAUAUGUAUAUAAAUAGAUACCACAAUUUUAAACUUCUUGUUUAUGUGUUUUAAUUUUUAAUGUUUAAAAAAUUUAAAGAAAGUUUACUGAACGUCUCUUUUUUUUUUUAAUUCGCUAAAUUGUUUUUCAUAUGGAUUAGUGGUAAGUGUUGAGUAAUAUUAUGUAUUACUAUUAUAUCCAAACUAUUUGUCAUAGCACUCAUAGCAGUUACAAUAUAAUAUUAUAGUAACGGUUUAAUUCGUACCUAUAUAGUUAAUUGUUUAUACUUGAGUUCUAUUUUUACUAACGAGAUUUUAACAUGGUUAUUAACUUUUUAGUUUUAGUUACAUUAUACUUCUAGUUUUACACGCACUUAUUAUACAACUUAUAAGUAUAUAGGUACCUAGGUAGGUCUAGUCAUAUCUCAUAUAUACCAUAAGAGUUGAAUGUAAUUGUUCUCUAUUGUGAAUUUAUGCACCUUUUAGGGUCGAAUAUUUACUCGUGAAAAUAAUUCUUCUACAUGCUCAGUAUUCAGUAUCACCUGGUUUGAUAAAAAUAAUUUAGAAAGUAAAAUACAUAUUUUAUAAACAAUAAUUAAAUUGACACUGCGAUAGAGAACUGUAGUUCCGCAUCUAUUAAAAUGGAUGUGAAUUCCGAAUGGUGUAAUUACUAUAAUGAGUUUUUGAAAACUUAUACUACAGCCCAACUUAUGCCACUAAACGGCUCAAUAUUGUUACCUAAUUCAUAUUUUAAAAUUCUUUACAAUCUAAAAGUAUUUUGAUUCACUCUUUGACUCGAAAAAUUAGGUAUGUAUUAAAUUGUUUUUAAUUUGGAUGUGAGCGUAACUGCUGUUUAUUAUCUUUAAUACAUUUGAAAAGCGAUUUUUAUUUUUGUUUAAUUGACCUUUUAUUAUAACAUUAUUGUCUAUACUUGUAUUAUGUAAAAUCGGUACUAAUAUAUUUAAAUUAUUAUUAUAUUGGUAUAAUGUAUAUUAUAUGUAUGUAUAUACCUAGAUGUGUAUGAAA